CCUGCGCCGCUGCUGAGGGACGGCGGGCGGGCGGCUGUGGGGACGGGGCCCCGGCGCCUCCGUUGUACCCCUGAGGGGCAGGGGGGAGCCGCUUCCUCCUCCUCCUCCUCCUCCUCCUCCUCCUUCUUCUCCUCCUCCUCCUCCUCCUCCUCCUCCUCCUCGUCGCCAUGGCCGGCUCGGAGCAGCCCCCGCCGCCGCGGCGGGAGGACGGGGACGCGCCGCUGCCCGUGGAGGACGCGGAGCUGGCGCUGGCCGGCAUCAACCUGCUGCUGAACAACGGCUUCCGCGAGUCCGACCGCCUCUUCAAGAAGCACCGAAACCAUAGCCCAUUAAUGAGUUUUGGAGCCAGUUUUGUCAGUUUUUUGAACGCCAUGAUGACAUUUGAAGAAGAGAAAAUGCAGCUGGCAUGUGAUGACUUAAAGGCUACAGAAAAACUUUGUGAGAGUGAAGAAGCUGGAGUCAUUGAAACAAUCAAGAAUAAAAUUAAAAAGAAUGUUGAUGGACGAAAAUCUACUCUAUCCAUGAUAGAUCGACUGCAAAGACAAAUAAUUGUAGCAGACUGUCAAGUCUACCUGGCUGUGCUCUCAUUUGUAAAACAAGAAUUAUCAGCAUACAUAAAAGGUGGGUGGAUCCUCCGAAAAGCCUGGAAAAUUUACAAUAAGUGCUAUACGGACAUUAAUACACUUCAGGAAAUAUAUCAGAAGAAAACAACUCAGGAAUCCUUGACUUCUGAUGCUGCAAAUGAUAAUCAUAUUGCUGCAGAAGGUGUAACGGAGGAUUCGCUAAACAGACUGAAAGGUGCUGUUAGCUUUGGAUAUGGACUUUUUCAUCUUUGCAUAUCCAUGGUGCCCCCAAACCUGCUCAAAAUCAUCAACCUGCUGGGUUUUCCUGGAGACCGCCUACAGGGGCUUUCUUCACUGAUGUAUGCAAGUGAAAGUAAGGACAUGAAGGCCCCUUUAGCUACAUUAGCUUUGUUGUGGUACCACACAGUUGUUCGCCCCUUUUUUGCUCUUGACGGCAGCGAUAACAAGGCAGGAUUGAAAGAGGCAAAAGAGAUUCUUGCAAAAAAAGAAUCUGCUUAUCCAAAUUCUUCUCUGUUCAUGUUCUUCAAGGGAAGGAUACAGCGAUUAGAGUGUCAAAUCAAUAGUGCCUUGACUUCAUUUCAUACUGCUUUGGAACUUGCAACAGACCAAAGGGAGAUUCAACAUGUCUGCUUAUAUGAAAUAGGUUGGUGCAGCAUGAUAGAGAUGAAUUUCAAAGAUGCAUUUGAGUCCUUUGAAAGGCUUAAAAAUGAAUCCAGGUGGUCGCAGUGCUAUUAUGCUUAUUUAACAGCAGUGUGUCAAGGAGCCACUGGUGAUGUCAGUGGUGCUCAGGAUGUGUUCAAGGAAGUUCAGAAGCUUUUCAAAAGAAAAAACAAUCAGAUUGAACAAUUUUCAGUGAAAAAGGCAGAAAGAUUUAGAAAACAAAUGCCAACCAAAGAGCUCUGUGUCCUGGCUUCCAUUGAAGUAUUGUACUUAUGGAAAGCACUUCCAAACUGUUCCCUCUCCAACUUACAGCAUAUGAGCCAAGCUUGUCAGGAUGUUGAUGAUUCAUCAGCUGUUGGUUUGAGGAAUUUGCUUCUUGGUGCCAUACACAAAUGCUUGGGAAAUUCUGAAGAUGCUGUUCAGUUUUUUCAGCGAGCUGCUAAAGAUGAGCUGUGCCGUCAGAACAACUUAUACAUCCAGCCAUAUGCUUGCUAUGAACUUGGCUGUCUUCUAUUAGACAAUCCAGAGACUGUGCCAAGAGGCAAAACCUUACUUCUCCAAGCCAAGGAGGAAUUUACGGGCUAUGACUUUGAGAACAGAUUGCACGUCCGCAUACAUGCAGCAUUAGCCUCUCUAAGAGAAGUAGUUCCACAGUGAUGGACAGCAAAUUGUGUUAUCCUUUCCCACAGUUUCUGCACUUUAAGAUGAAGCAGAAGAAAAUGCUGUUGGGAAGACCAGCUUUUCUUCUGAAAACCACUUGUGCCAGAGACACUUUCAUAGUAUGGUCAGAGUUGGUAUGGCUUAGUAAAAUAUUACAAUUUUUAUUGGAAGUAAAUCAACCAGGAAGAAGGUUAAGUGACCUUGUAUAUUUUAACUCUAGUUUUUAUUUUGUUUAAACCAGGCUGAACACAAUUACUUGUAACUCUGCAAGUGAGCCUAAAUAAGCACACAGGUUACUUCAACAAUAUUGGCAGAUGUGAUUUUUACUUUUUAAAGUAGAUUUAGAUCUAAAAUAUGCUAAGGGGAGCAUUUUUGUUUUGAUUAGAACAUGAUAAAAGUGGUGUAAGUGUUGAAGAUGGGAGUGGGCAGAACGCUUUUUUUUUUCUUCAGGUAUUAGCCAAUAAGCAAGAGAGAGAAAACUGGCCACAAAAAGCAGGUCCUACUAACUUGGAGUGGUUUAUUUCAGUGACUUCAUGAGUAAUGUGUGGAUUUUAAACCUCCCAUCCCCCUUCCAUUCUUAAUUCCUUCCCCUCCCAACCCAGCUCAUAGUUGCGAUAUAAAUUAUGUCAAUGUUUAGGAUCUGUGCUUCUGGUACAUUCCAGCCACGUACUUUGUUUUACAUGUAAUUACAGUGAGAGCAGUUUUUAUUUUUGUUCUUAAUAUUCUGAAUAUACAUUAAAAUAAGUAAGCCAGAUAGAGUAAUUUUACGUAUUUUCCAUUCAAGCUGCUGAACCUUUAUGGCAGUGACCUUUAAAGGUAUUAAACAAACACACCCACUCCCCACCUCCAACCCUAUUUUGGUAGCUUUACCAAUACUACACUAUCUUAAGUCUCUGUAUGGUAUUCCAAACCUGUGGUGUUAAGAUACCAAGAUACCAAAAUACCUCUGAGGGCUUGAUACUUUUUCCAUGACCAUAUAAUUUUUAAUACUUGGCCAUCUAUGUGCUCAUGUGUAGCUUUUUUUUUUUUAACUCUUUGUCUGUAAUAUGUAGUAUCUCCUUGUGUUGUAUAUUCAAUUAGUAUCAUGUUCUAGGAUGGUCAAUAUUUUUUUAAAGAAGCUUAUGAAUGGAAAUCUGACCAGAAAGUUAGUUCAAUUGUGUUACUUUGUAGAGCUAAGAAAACUGGGUAUCUUUGGAAAUAGUUAUCUAAAAGCCUUAUCUUUACUUUGGUCAGGUUGCCUUAAACAGUUCCUUAGCUUAAAUAUUUUUUUCUUACCUUUUUGCAGAAUACGUUGCCAAGGUUUUAGACCUUGCCUGCACCUAACCUUCAUUGAUUUGCUUUUGAGGUUGCAUCUAAAGCAAGACUGAUAUGGAGGAGAAGUAGUAAUAUCAUAUUUGGUAGGCCAAAUGAAAUGGUUGAGUCACUUUUAUUUCUCUCUAGAAAUACACGGUUCCUGCUAUGAAAGGCAUUCCUAGAGCAGUUAAACACUUCUGUUGCAGUUCCCGAAGGAGAGGAGAGACUUUAUUUUUCUAUAUCCUAGGUAUGUUACAGAUAGUAGUACACUGUUGGGUUUUUUAUUCAAUUUAAUCAGUAAUAUUGAGUCACACAGGAGUGUUCAACCUUAUUUGAAUUGGUCAAUCCAAAUAAGUAUUGAAUAGAAUAUAAUAUAUAUUGUGUGUGUAUAUGUAUAGUGACUGCUUAGAAUUCGAAUCAUUAUUUAAAAAAAAAAAAAAAGGUCUUUGAUGUACUUGAAAUCUUAUUUUGUCCUACCUGACUUUUAACAUUUUGUAGUCAGAGAAACAAUCCACUCUGGGUGAAUAGCUAGAGACGGUACAUUUAAUGACAAAAUUCCUUUAAAAUGCACUGCUUAAAUAUAACGUUGAGACUAGGCUGUUCAGGACACAAAGCACCUGCAUGCGAUUUGUGUUGGGAUGUCUAGGGGUCUACAUACUUGGAGGUAGCUAGCAAAUUGUAGUAAACUUAUUAAAAGGCCUGUUCUUCUCACCAGGCCGGGAGAAGGUAUGGAAAGACACUAUAUAUUAACGUAACAGUUUAGCUCUGUGCAAGUUGCAGCUUUUCUGUGGAUUUAGCAACUCAUCUGAUUUCAUCACUGAAAUGGUACUAUCUGUUUCUGUAAUUUUUUUCUCCCCUCACAGGAGAAUCUCCUACCUUGUAAAUGUCAAAAUUAUUUUUUAUGUUAGAUUGUGCCUGUGAUGAGAAAACAUUUCAACUGUAUUUUGUGUAAACUGAUAAGUUUUUAUACUUUGGAACUCGGAGGCAUGGUCUAAUAGCAAUAAUGGAAUAUGCAUCUUGCUAGUUCAUAUGUUAAGACUAUCUUUACUGGGUCAGGUAUUUUUGUUGAUGUUGAUGCAGUUUUUAUCUCAAUAUGACUCAUUUCAAAUAACUAGAAUUUAUAGAUGUCACUAAGUGGCAUAUUUAUUGUGAUGUACUGUAAAUGUUGUUAAUUUACAGAACUUGCACUUUUAUAUUUCUGAGUAAAAUUAAAAGAAACGUGGACAUGAGUUUUGUUCCUUUGCUCCUCAAAUUUGUCUUUUAAAUUGGUGGCCUCCUGAACAAGAUGAUAUCAAGUAUUGGAAAAACUUCUGGGAUGUCAAGUGACUCUGUAACAGUUUUCUAGUCAGCAAUUACCUCAGCUUUUGUUCUUCCAGUAUAAUUAUAGUCUCCUGUUUUGGAAAGUGAGUUACAUGUGUCAUGUUGAGAUCAACCAUAGAAUGAACAAGGUUUAACAUGCGUUUUUAAGAAAUCAAAUUUACUUGUUCUUCAUUUAAAAAAAAAGAAAUAAAAACAACACACAAGUGUAAUUUGUUGUAUUCCUACACCUUUGAAAAAUGUUUCUAAUUUACUCUAAAGCAAACAAAAAAUUUAAUUUCUCUCUGAUUUUUAAUGCUUGUUUCAUAUUCUGGUUCUGCUUUAUUCUGAAAUAAAAUUCCCCAAACGUUA